GCCACCAAAUAAAGGUAAGGUACCUUAUUUGAAACUAGUAAUUAAGCAGUUCAAAGAUGGAGCGAAUUUUCCUUUUUAUUGUACUUCUUUUGACGUUUACCUGCUUAACGUUCGAAUUUGAAAUGUCACAAAAAGAGAUGAAGAGCAUUAAGGGCAAAUUCUGUGGAAGUUAUUUGGCGGACACGAUGUCAAUGGUAUGCGAGGGAAUGUACAAUAGCAAAGGAAAGCGAAAUAUGUUGGGCAACUUGGGACUGAAUAAGGUUAACAGCAGGGAGGAUUACGAUGAAAACGAGAAUGUAUUCUACGUCGACGAAUUGGUGCCAUCUUUUCCGUUCCGUUCCAGAGAACACGCCCGAUCCCUAAUACCUUUCGAUUAUCAAAAGCGUAGCCGAAAGCCGGGAAUCGUGGACGAAUGUUGCCAUAAAGCCUGCUCCUUCUUUGAGAUGGCGAGUUACUGUGGAAAACCGUGAACAAAAUACGAUAAAGCCUUUAUAUUGACUGACAUACUGUUUUAAUGCCCUUUUGUACGUAUUCAUAGUGUAAAUAUAUGCUUUAUCA